AUGAUUUUUUUUGUUUUUUUUUUGGUUUGUUUUUUGGGGGGGGGGGGGGGGGGGGGGGGGGGGGGGGGGUGGGGGGGGGGGGGGGGGGGGGGGGGGGGGGGGGGGGGGGGGGGGGGGGGGGGGGGGGGGGGGGGGGGGGUUGUUUUUGUGGGGGGGGGGGGGGGGGGGGGGGGGGGGGGGGGGGGGGUUUUGUGGUGUGUUGGGGUAGGGGUUGAUGGGGGGGGUUUAGGGAUGGAGGGGGGGAGGGGGGGAGGGAAGUGGGGUAUGGUAGGAGUGGUGUGUGAUUGUGGGAAGUAG